UCUAGCCUCCCAGCUCCGGAGUCCCUCGCGGGCUGGGGCGGGGCGUCCGGCCAGCUGAGCUCCUCAGGCUGACCGCGCCAGUUUGAAUGAAAGCUCUGCAAGAUGGCGGCGGCCGGAGACGAGGUCCCGAGAGCCUGGUGUGUGCCUUGCCUAGUUUCACUUGAUACUCUUCAGGAAUUUUGUAGAAAAGAAAAGCUCACAUGUAAAUCGAUUGGAAUCACCAAAAGGAAUCUAAACAAUUAUGAGGUGGAGUACUUGUGUGACUACAAGGUAGUAAAGGAUGUAGAAUAUUACCUUGUUAAAUGGAAAGGAUGGCCAGAGUCUACAAAUACUUGGGAGCCCUUGAGCAACCUCAGGUGUCCACAACUGCUGCAGCAGUUCUCCAGUGACAAGAAUAGUUUCUUAUCUCGGGUAAAGAAAGGGAAGGCAAUCACUCCAAAAAACAGCAGGAGAUCCUUGCCACCUGCGGUUGCUAAGUACAUUGUAGAGAAAGCCAAGCAAAGAAUAGCUCUGCAGAGAUGGCAAGAUUACCUCAACAGAAGAAAGAACCACAAAGGGAUGAUAUUUGUUGAAAAUACUGUUGACUUGGAGGGCCCACCCAAAGACUUUUACUACAUUAACGAAUACAGGCCAGCUCCAGGAAUCACCAUAAACAAUGAAGCUACCUUCGGAUGUUCAUGUACAGACUGCUCCAAUGGAAAGUGUUGUCCUAUUGAGGCCGGAGUUGUUUUGGCUUAUAAUAAGAACCAACAAAUUAAAAUCAAACCUGGCACUCCCAUCUAUGAAUGUAACUCAAGGUGUCAAUGUGGACCUGACUGUCUCAAUAGGAUUGUACAAAAAGGCACACAGUAUUCACUGUGCAUCUUUAGAACUAGCAAUGGUUGUGGCUGGGGUGUAAAAACCCUUGUGAAGAUUAAAAGAAUGAGUUUUGUCAUGGAAUAUGUUGGAGAGGUGAUCACAAGUGAAGAAGCUGAGAAGCGUGGACAGUUAUAUGACAACCAAGGAAUGACCUAUCUUUUUGAUCUGGACUAUGAAUCUGAUGAAUUCACAGUGGAUGCAACACGAUACGGAAAUGUGUCCCAUUUUGUGAAUCAUAGUACGGGCACCUCGUGCCAGUCUCACUUCAGCAGCUUUUCUUCUCUUCAGUGUGACCCGAAUCUUCAGGUGUUCAGUGUCUUCAUCGAUAACCUUGAUACUCGGCUUCCCAGGAUAGCACUGUUUUCCACAAGAACCAUAAAAGCUGGAGAGGAGCUGACUUUUGAUUAUCAAAUGAAAGGUUCUGGAGAAUUGUCUUCAGAUUCUAUGGACCACAGCCCUACCAAAAAAAGGGUCAGAACUGAAUGUAAAUGUGGGGCUGAGACUUGCAGAGGUUACCUCAACUGAAACUUCAGGAAAUGGAGCACAUGAUUGUGUUUUGUUCUAAGAACUAAAAAAGUAUUUUUUUAUUAUUUCUAUUAUCAAGAUUAUAUGUAUGUUAAUGUACAACUUGUGUCUCAAGAUAUUUGCAAAGUACAUUACUCUUGCUUUUGAAGAGGACUGCAGUGGCCAACCACAUAAACAAUAUAUUUGGUGGUUACAUACUAAAUAUGGAAAGUGAACUAUUUGCAAAUCACUGUGUACUACUUAAUAGGCGUGUAUCCCCUUUAGUGACUGAAAAGCAAUGAGGCAAUGGCUGUUGAUAUCAUACCUUUUAUCAUGACUCAAAUAGAUAAUUCAGUUUAGGCAAAUGUACAGAUUUUACUUUUUUACUAUAUUGUUCCUGAUUUUAAUAUCCACUGAUCUUGUAUUUGAGACAAGUAAGCAACACUGAAUUUUUUUUACUGUAUUUUCUACUUUUACAUUAAAACAUUGACAUCUUAAUGAUGUAUUUCAAGUAUAAAAAGAAAUGUGAAAGAUAUUCUUUUAGCUUGAUCUCAUUCUGAAGCAAUAGAGAACAUUACAAAGACUAUGUCUGAACCUGAAAUUCUUAGAUUUUUAAUCCUGUUGAAGAAAAAUCUCUAAUCACCUUCUCUAGAAGUCCAUAGUGGCUGGCCAUUAUGCUUCUUUGCAAGGACAUAACAGUGUGGCUAAGAGGACCCGUUGGGAGUGCCAGGCAGGGUAAAUGAGUACAAAGUGAGCCACAGUCACACUGAGGUGAACCGAGGUCACACUGAGUAGCUCUCAUCUAAAUAGAAGAGCAACAGCCUCGGAGAGCACUUGUCCCUAAUGGCAGUGUAAUUCACAUCACAUUACUGUUACUGCCAGGCAGUUUUAACAUUUCGUUUCCACUAAAUUUAAUUAUUUUUGCAUUUUCUGUAUGUCCUUGAAAAGUAACUUAUAUUUGAACAGAUAUUGUUUUAUACAAGAAUUUUUAAAUGGAUAAAACUAAAUUUGGCCAAAGUUAUGUCUUAUUGAACUUUUAUUAACCUGUGGGGAUUAGAUGGGAUUUUCCCAUGUAUAAAAUACAAUAAAGAAAAAACUUACUUUCA